AUGAGGGUCGGAUGGGUUACGUCUACCCGUCGAGUCUUGCGAGGCCAUGUGAAGACUCCACGGCGGUUGCUGUCGACGCAACCUCAACAUGAUUUACUUUCAAAGGCGACCCGCAACAUUGGCAUCAUUGCCCAUAUCGAUGCAGGAAAAACGACUACGACUGAGCGAAUGCUCUACUAUAGCGGGGUGACAAGACGAAUAGGGAACGUCGACGAAGGCUCAACAGUGACCGACUUCCUCCCCGCUGAACGAGCACGCGGUAUCACCAUCCAAUCCGCAGCAAUAACAUUCCACUGGCCUCCACUGCCACCAAGUACUCAGACCCCACCACCUCCACCACAGCUGCCAGCCUCGUUCGAUAAUGUGCUGCGAUCUUCGAGUUCUCACAAUAUCAACCUGAUUGACACACCCGGCCACGCAGACUUCACUUUCGAAGUGCUGCGUUCGCUCCGUGUCUUGGAUGGUGCUGUAUGCAUCCUUGAUGGAGUUGCCGGUGUCGAAGCACAGACGGAAAAGGUAUGGACGCAAGCUGGACAUUACCAAAUUCCAAGAAUCAUCUUUGUCAACAAGUUGGACCGCGUAGGCGCCGCCUUCUCGCGCACCGUCAAAGAGAUCGGUGUUAGACUGCAUGGAUGGCCAGCUGUCUGUCAAAUACCGUGGUGGAAUAAUGGCAAUGGCGAUUUUGUUGGAGUUGGCGAUGUUGUCAACUUACGUGGUAUGCUCUGGCAAGCCGGUGGCGAUGGCAGAGACAUUCAAGCUUUUGGACUAGAAGAGUUGAGUAAAACCGACGAAAGGUUUGCAGAAGAGAUCAAGAAGGCGAGGAUAGCGCUUGUCGAGAUCCUGAGCGAGCACGACGAUGUCAUGGUUGAGCAUUUCCUGGAACAUGAUGAAGACCAUUUGGCUAUAUCUGGACUCCAAAUUAUGCAGUCAUUACGCCGAGUUGUACUGCAGGCACCACAGAAGGUCAUACCGGUCUUCGCUGGUGCUUCUUUCCGCAACAUUGGUGUCCAACCGCUGCUUGAUUCUGUGGUUGAUCUCCUCCCGUCACCACUCGAACGCCCAGAUCCUGAGAUCAGUAUCUCCAAUCAAAGCAGCACUCUCGCUUCCCUUCUCAGCGCGGCAGCAGCAACACCAACGAAGACGACUAAGACAUCAAAGAAACAGCAACAGAGUGAUGGUGAAUUAGCCAUUGCCGAAGUCAAGAAUCUCAACGCUUGUGCUCUUGCCUUCAAAGUGGUCAACGACGCCAAACGCGGUGUCCUGGUUUACGUCCGCGUCUACUCUGGCUCCAUCGACCGUGGCGCUACUCUCUACAAUACCAAUCUCUCCCUCGCUGAACGCGCACCUCGUCUCCUCAAAAUGUACGCGAACGACGCCGUCGAAGUAGACAGCAUCGGCGCUGGACAAAUCGGUGUGAUCACUGGGUUGAAGCACGCUAGAACAGGAGACACUUUGAUCGUAUACCGCGGCCUUCAGAUGAAGGGAACGCCACCUGGCGGCCUCAACACUCUGCAGCUUCGACCCAUUGCCGUGCCUCCACCAGUCUUCUUCACGAGUAUUGAACCAAACAGUCUCAGUGAACAAAAACACGUCCAAGAAAGUCUCGCUAUUCUGCUACGAGAAGACCCAAGUCUCCAUCUUUCCAUUGACGAAGAAUCCGGCCAAACGCAUCUAGCAGGCAUGGGCGAUCUCCAUCUCGAAAUCGCUCGAGAUAGACUCCUCAAUGACUUCAAAGCCAAGGCACGAAUCGGGAAGAUCGAAAUCGGAUACAGGGAGACGAUAACGACGAUGACAGCUACAGAGCCAUUCACAUACACGCUCGAAAAACUCGUCGCAGGAAAACAAACGAAGGCCAGCAUCACCGCUUCUGUGGAAUCAGCUGAAGACGGUGAUCUCAUCCCUCUCAGCCCACCUCAACAACAAGAAAAAGAGAAGAAAACACAAGAAAACCCUUUCGAAACAACCUACAACCUCCCCGACAACAACACCCUUCACAUCCACCACCCCAAUCUCUCCACCACUGACUCCGCAAGCCACAAAACCCACAUCCCACCCCACCUCUCCCUACCAGGUGUCCUGCACUCCCUGCAAGCCGGUACAAGUGCAGCCCUUGCCCGUGGCCCCUUCAACGGCUUCCCCGUGGCCAAUACCCGCGUAACCCUCACACUCGACGCAAAAUCGCACCUCUUUCCCGAAACAACACCAACCGCCAUUUCCAUGGCCGUCCGCGCCGCCGUAUCAACCAGUCUGAGAAAGGCGUGUGACGCCGCACCGGCAACGCUCAUGGAACCCGUUAUGAACGUGACGAUUUUUGUUAAUGAGAAUAGUAUGGGCGCUGUGGUGCAGGAUAUUUCUUCGUCACGCGGGGGGCAAAUAUUGUCGCUUGAUGGGUCUAAUGAGUCCACUGCUUCUACGACGAAUACUGGUGACGACGAGACAAUGCCUCGUAUUGACCCGGCACUUGUGUACACGCCACCGGAUCCUUUUGCGUCGGGAACGGGGGAGAUGGGGAAUGGGUUGGGUGAUAGUCAGAGGCAGAUUGUGGCAAGGGUUCCGUUGAAGGAGAUGGUUGGAUAUUUGAACCACUUGAGAGCUUUGACGGGUGGGAGAGGCACGUUUGUUAUGAGUGUGGAUGGGUUUGAGAAGAUGGGAACGCAGCGGCAGAAGGAGGUGCUUGAUGCUUUGCGCGAGUUUUAG